AUGAAUAUCGUCGAGUGGGCUUUCGGAAAGCGUAUGACGCCCGCAGAGCGUCUCCGCAAGCACCAGCGGGCACUCGACAGGACACAGCGCGAAUUAGAUAGAGAGCGGACCAAGCUGGAGAACCAGGAGAAGAAACUCAUACAGGAUAUCAAGAAGAGCGCGAAGAAUGGGCAAAUCGGGGCCUGCAAGAUCCAGGCGAAAGACCUGGUACGGACACGAAGGUAUGCCGCGCAAGACUUUGCCGUAUUGCUUUCUGGCAAAUCGGUGAUUAUCGUUUCUGAUUCGACGCACAGAUAUAUCCAGAAGUUCUAUCAGAUGCGGACGCAACUACAAGCUAUCUCCCUGCGUAUUCAGACCGUUAGGAGUAACGAGCAGAUGAUGCAGUCGAUGAAAGGUGCGACUAUGUUACUGGGCAGCAUGAACCGGCAAAUGAACCUUCCGGCGCUGCAGCGGAUCGCGAUGGAGUUCGAGCGCGAGAACGACAUAAUGGACCAACGGCAGGAGAUGAUGGAUGACGCGAUAGACGAAGCGACAGGGAUGGAGGGCGAGGAGGAGGAAGGCGAGGACAUUGUCAAGGAGGUCUUGGAUGAGAUUGGUGUGGAUCUUAAUCAGGCGCUGGGUGAGACGCCGUCGGGAAUACAGAAGGAAACGGUCAGUGAGGCCCGGGUGGCUCAAGCGGUUGGUGCUGGUGGUGCCGGCGGCGGCAGUGACGACGACGAUCUUCAAGCAAGGCUUGAUAGUCUCAGACGAUAA